GCCGCCUGAGCCGCCCGCCCGCGCCAUGGAGCCCGGCCGCGGCGGCCUGGAGGCCGUGGGCAAGUUCGAGUUCUCGCGCAAGGACCUGAUCGGGCACGGCGCCUUCGCCGUGGUCUUCAAGGGGCGCCACCGGGAGAAGCACGACCUGGAGGUCGCAGUCAAGUGCAUUAACAAGAAAAACCUCGCCAAGUCCCAGACACUGCUGGGGAAGGAAAUCAAGAUCCUCAAGGAAUUGAAACAUGAAAACAUCGUGGCUUUGUAUGACUUUCAGGUAAGGCUCGGGGCUGCAUUGGCGGUGGGGAGGGGGUGCGUUACUCUCCCAGGCUGGCCAGUGCACAGCCUCAGGCCCCAGGAGCUUGGGUCCCAGGCCAGCCAGGUGCUGAGACCCUGGUCGGUAGUGGAAGGUUCUAGGCCAGGAUCUCGUGUUGGGAGAAGGACUGGGCACCCCUGGUCACAGUCCUCACCGACAGUGACCCUCCCCCUCCCAAGGCCGGCUGUUCCCACAGCUGGACGUGACUCACUCGCAGCCGGCCCGGCCGCAGACGGAGCCAGCCCACCUCCUGCUGACUUACUCAAGGGCCUUUCUGGGCAGUGCCAGUCCUCCGCCUUGCCUUUCCUUGCUGAGAGGGGCCUUGGGCCUGGGGGGAAGGUGGGCAGGAUGCGGACUGGGUGGCAGCCCCUCGGUACCAGGUUCCAAGCUGGGGGCCGACGCCUCUCCUCCCACCGCAGCCGGGCCGGCCCCUCCAGCAGCAGGUGCGGCGUGUCCGUCCCCAUCCCGGUCCCCACGCAGGUGCGCAACUACCAGCGCAUUGAGCAGAACCUGCAGUCGCCCACCCAGUGCCAGACCACACGGUCCUCCGCCAUCCGCAGGUCGGGCAGCACCAGCCCCCUGGGCUUUGCCCGGGCCAGUCCGUCACCCCCAUCCCACGCCGAGCACGGAGCUGCCCUGGCCAGGAAGCUCUCCCUGGGUGGGGGCCGGCCCUACACACCGUCUCCACAAGUUGGAAUCCUCCCUGAACGGCAGGGCUGGAGCGGGGCACCCUCCCCCCAAGGAGCCGAGAUGCGGGGUGGCAGAUCCCCUCGUGCAGGCUCCUCUGCGCCCGAGCACUCCCCGCACGCCGCUGGGCUGGGCUAUCGCCUGCACAGUGCUCCCAACCUGUCCGACCUGCACGUCGUCCGCCCUAAGUUGCCCAAGCCCCCCACGGACCCCCUGGGGGCGGCGUUUGGCCACCCGCAGUCCAGCCCCCCGCAGCCAGCCCACGGGCUGCAGUCCUGCCGGCCGCUGCGAGGCUCGCCCAAGCUGCCUGACUUCCUGCAGCGCAACCCCCUGCCCCCCAUCCUGGGCUCCCCCACCAAGGCCACGCCUGCCUUCGACUUCCCCAAGACCCCCAGCUCCCAGAACUUGCUGGCCCUCCUGGCCCGGCAGGGCGUGGUCAUGACACCCCCCCGGAACCGGACGCUGCCGGACCUCUCCGAGGCAGGACCCCUCCAGGGGCAGCAGCUGGGCCCCGGCCUGCGGCCCACUGACGACAAGAGCCCCUUCGGCAGGUCCCUCAGUACCGGCCGCCUCACUGAUCUGCUCCUCAAGGCUGCGUUUGGGACCCAGGCCCCUGACUCGGGGAGCACGGACAGCCUGCAGGAGAAGCCUAUGGAGAUUGCGCCCUCUGCUGGCCUCGGAGGGAACCUGCACCCGGGAGCCCGUUCCGGGGGGGCCGGCAGCCCGUCUCCCGUGGUGUUCACCGUGGGCUCACCCCCCAGCGGGACCACGCCGCCCCAGGGUCCCCGUGCCAGGAUGUUGUCAGUGGGCUCCUCGAGCUCUCUUGGCUCGGCCAACUCCCCCUCUGCCCGUCACCUGGCGCCUGGGGCCUGUAGUGAGGCCGCCCCGGAGGUCCCGGCCCCCGGACACUGCUGCAGCUUCGCCGACCCCGUCACCGCCAACCUAGAGGGGGCUGUGACCUUCGAGGCCCCUGACCUCCCUGAGGAGACACUGAUGGAGCAAGAGCACACGGAGAUCCUGCAUAGCCUGCGCUUCACGCUCGUCUUCGUCCAGCACGUCCUGGAGAUCGCGGCCCUGAGGGGCAGCGCCAGCGACGCGGCCGGGGGGCCCGAGUACCAGCUGCAGGAGAGCGUGGUGGCCGACCAGAUCAGCCUGCUGAGCCGGGAGUGGGGGUGCGCGGGCCCUGCGGGGCCGGGGGGGAGGUGCCGCGACGGCCGGCCCCCCGGCCCCCCGGCCCCCUGUGCCUGGUGUGGGCUUCGGGGCAGCUGGGCUCAGCCCCUGGCCUCCCUCGAGCAGGUGCAGUCGGCCGCCUUGGACGAGAUGUUCCACCGCCGGGAGGACUGUGUCCAGCGCUAUCACAAGGCUCUGCUGCUGAUGGAGGGUUUGCAACACAUCCUCACCGACCAGGCGGACGUGGAGAACAUUGCCAAGUGCAAGCUGUGCAUCGAGCGGAGGCUCUCGGCGUUGCUGACCGGCAUCUGUGCCUGAGCUGUGGGGUGCCUGGCUCACUGUGCCCAGGGGGCUGGAUCUCCUCUGCGGAUCCCCCAGGCUGGGGGCGGCCAGCUGGCCAGGCUCGAAGGGACAGGCCUGUAGCCUUGGUGCUGCUUGCUGGUGCCAGGGAGGGGGGCGGGGCUCCCGAGCUGCAGGCCUGAGCUUCGGGGCGCUGGGAGGGCUCCAUACAACCCGAAUCCGGCCGGUCCCCCUGCCUCACCGAUGGGCUGAGCUCCUGGCCUCCUUGAAGGCGGGUGGGCACCUGCGGCCGGCCCCCAACCCCAGCCAGACCCCGGGGCAGCCCUGAUGCCGGCCGCCGUGCUGAGGACAGGAGGAGGCCCCGAGAGCCGCUCUGCCCAGGAAACGGUGUGGCCUCCUGGCCCCCCUCCUUCCCCGAGACCACCCACCCAGCUUUGUGAAUCACGGAGCACUUUAUGCAGGCGCAGUCCCCUGCCGCACUAGGAGGCGCGUGUGCAUACCUACAUACAGACGCACGUGUAUGAACUGACAGGCUCGCGUGUGCGGGGGCCUGCUGCCCGGGAUCCCCCGGGUAGACACAGACAUCUUAUUUAAAUGUUCUUUUAGGGACGGACAGUACGAAGCACCAAGCUUUCUGAACCCAGAACAGACGUUGAAGUCUAUUACACUUUACUCCUGAAAUGUGUCUUAUUUUUCUGCAGCUCUUUUUUUUUUAACAAAAGAAGAAAAUUUGUAGGAGUUUAGGAUGUUUGUUUAGGAAGGGUGGGGCAGGGCCGGGUGGGUGCUCAGCGUUGUGUGGAUGUGGGUGGAGGCAGGGGUGCCUGUGAGGGCAGCCCUCCCCCCCGCCCCCUUCCCACCUGGAGGCAGUGGGCGGGCAAGGGGGCGGUUCCUGCAGAGCCUCCUAUCCGGCUUUCACGGUGGGUUUGAUGCCAAAGUCGUGUGUUCCCCCCUCCCCCCCCCACCGCAGGCUGGGUCCUGGCUGCUCUGGGGGUAGACUGGUGGGGAGAGGGCAGAGGAAGCCCGCCUGAGUCCAGGCGCCCUGGGUGAGGGGUUUAAGGUCUUAACAUCAAGACGUGGACAUCUUUGUGUUUCUUUCUUUGCAAUACUUGAAAUACUGCCCCUGUGCUUGGAUUUCGUAGCAGCCCUGUGAGUCGUUGCCUCGUCCGCCAGUGACUUGGUUCCUUGCUGCACGGAACCUGUGCAUAUUUAUUGCUUUACGGUCGGCUGGGACCCAGGCCACCGGGAGGCUGGUGCCACGGGAGGGGGCUCAUGCAGCGGGCCACCACGUGCCUGCCUCCAGUGUGUGUGCUGCCAGCCGGUCUUGUCCUCCACGAAUCCGCACCCGACCCUUGGUCUACUUUACAGGAGUUUUGUGUGAUCCCCCCCCCCCAUUUGCAUUACAUCGUGUAAUACCAUUGAAGGAAAUAAACCUUUGGAAUUGA